AAACCUUCUCACAAAAACCAACCCAAAUUCUUUCUAUAUAUUAAAAAAAAAUCAACACAAAGGAAAAAAAAAUGGAUUACGUUUUGAUUGUUUUGCCACUUGCAUUGUUUCUCAUAGCUUACAAAUUCUUAUUCUCAUCCAAAACGCAGGGCUUCAAUCUCCCACCAGGACCAACUCCGUUUCCUAUCGUCGGCCAUCUCCACCUAGUGAAACCACCGGUCCACCGUCUCUUCCGCCGCUUCGCUGAAAAAUACGGCGACAUCUUCUCCCUCCGUUACGGCUCUCGCCAAGUCGUAGUGAUCUCUUCAUUGCCUCUCGUAAGAGAAUCCUUCACCGGUCAAAACGACGUCAUUUUAACAAACAGACCGCAUUUUCUGACCGCGAAAUACGUCGCUUACGAUUACACCACUAUAGGAACCGCCGCUUACGGUGACCAUUGGCGUAAUCUCCGCCGUAUUUGCUCUCUAGAAAUCCUCUCCUCUAACCGUCUCACCGGAUUCCUCUCCGUACGUAAAGACGAGAUUCGUCGGCUGCUCACAAAACUCUCACGUGAAUAUGACGGCCGUGUUGUCGAGCUUGAACCUCUUCUUGCAGAUUUGACGUUCAAUAAUAUUGUCCGCAUGGUCACAGGGAGACGCUACUACGGAGACCAGGUUCAUAACAAGGAAGAAGCGAAUCUAUUCAAGAAACUAGUGACGGACAUCAAUGACAACAGUGGUGCGAGCCAUCCAGGAGAUUAUCUACCGAUUCUUAAAGUGUUCGGACACGGCUACGAGAAAAAAGUGAAAGCACUAGGCGAAGCCAUGGACGCUUUCUUACAACGACUGCUCGAUGAAUGUCGAAUAAAUGGAGAGAGCAACACAAUGGUUAGUCACUUGUUGUCUUUACAACUAGACCAACCCAAGUAUUACAGUGACGUCAUCAUCAAAGGGCUCAUGCUCAGUAUGAUGCUAGCUGGAACGGAUACUGCGGCCGUAACAUUGGAAUGGGCGAUGGCAAAUUUAUUAAAAAAACCUGAAGUGUUGAAAAAGGCAAAAGCUGAGAUAGACGAGAAGAUUGGAGAAGAGAGAUUGGUCGAUGAACCUGACAUUGCGAAUCUACCUUAUCUCCAAAACAUAGUUUCCGAGACUUUUCGGUUGUGUCCAGCUGCACCACUUCUUGUUCCACGUUCUCCAUCUGAAGAUCUCAAGAUUGGUGGAUACGACAUACCACGUGGCACUAUCGUGCUAGUGAACGCUUGGGCCAUCCAUAGAGACCCAAGACUUUGGGAUGAGCCCGAGAAGUUUAUGCCUGAGCGGUUCGAAGACCAAGAAGCUUCAAAGAAACUAAUGGUGUUUGGUAACGGACGAAGAACGUGUCCUGGUGCGACUUUAGGCCAGAGGAUGGUAUUGUUGGCUUUAGGUUCGUUGAUUCAAUGCUUUGACUGGGAAAAAGUCAACGGUGAAGAUGUUGACAUGACAGAGAAUCCUGGAAUGGCUAUGCGUAAACUCGUGCAAUUACGAGCCGUUUGCCAUAAACGUCCCAUUAUGACUAAUCUCUUGGCUUAAAUAUCACAUUUUAUUGACCACCAUUUUGAAGUUUACCGGUUUAAGCAUUUUUUUGGGUUUAGAUUUUUUAUAUAUAAAUACAUGAUUGUUUUGAAGUUUGGAAAUUUUAAUAAUGUAAGAUUCCAUGAAAAAUGUUGUAAUAUAAAAUUCGAAUCAUGAAAUUAAUAAUUCGGAUCAUAAAAUAAAAAAGUUGGUUAUAGCAUUAGUUUAUAUAUAUUAUU